CGCCAUCUUGCGGGUGCUGUCAGGUGAUCAAAAGUCACAAGACUGAGCGCAGAUCCCGUGCUGCAGUGAAUCGUUCACACCGUCGGAGCUCUCAGCAACGAGCUGCUAAGCUACUCCAAGUGCGAAGAUUUUCGAGCGAAGUUCUAGUCCUACUCCAUCGUUCCCAGUCGUGAUGGCUGCUCCAACGACCCUCAACCGAGUCGAGGCUUUCCGCGAACAUGGAAUGGCUGUAACUCGAGACUACAUAUCACAGCCCCGUAUGAUCUACAAAACCGUUUGUGGAGUCAACGGACCCCUGGUCAUCCUCGAUCAAGUCAAGUUCCCCAAGUACGCCGAAAUCGUCCAACUGGUUCUAGCCGAUGGAACUCCACGCACGGGUCAAGUUCUCGAGGUUUCGGGAGACCGAGCUGUUGUCCAGGUGUUCGAAGGAACGUCAGGAAUCGAUGCCAAACAUACCGUGUGCGAAUUCACCGGAGAUAUCCUGCGUAUUCCUGUGUCCGAAGACAUGUUGGGUCGAGUUUUCAAUGGAUCCGGGAAGCCCAUCGACAAGGGCCCCGCCGUACUCGCCGAGGAUUUCCUGGAUAUACAGGGUCAGCCCAUCAACCCGUGGUCCCGUAUCUAUCCCGAGGAGAUGAUUCAGACCGGUAUAUCCGCUAUCGACGUCAUGAACUCGAUCGCUCGAGGCCAGAAGAUCCCGAUCUUCUCGGCGUCCGGUCUGCCGCACAACGACAUCGCUGCCCAGAUCUGUCGACAGGGCGGUCUCGUAAAGCGACCUGGAGCCGCCAAGUCGGUCAUGGACAACUCGACAGAAGACAACUUCGCCAUCGUUUUCGCCGCGAUGGGUGUCAACAUGGAGACUGCUCGAUUCUUUAAGCAGGACUUCGAAGAGAACGGCUCCAUGGACAACGUGUGUCUCUUCUUGAACUUGGCCAACGAUCCGACCAUCGAAAGGAUCAUCACUCCUCGUCUCGCUCUGACGACCGCCGAGUUCUUGGCGUACCAGUGCGAAAAGCACGUGCUGGUCAUCCUGACGGACAUGUCCUCGUACGCUGAAGCUCUUCGUGAGGUCUCGGCCGCCCGAGAAGAAGUGCCUGGACGUCGUGGUUUCCCCGGCUACAUGUACACCGAUUUGGCCACCAUCUACGAGAGAGCCGGACGUGUCGAAGGCAGGAAUGGAUCUAUCACCCAGAUCCCUAUCCUGACCAUGCCCAACGACGACAUCACCCACCCGAUUCCCGAUCUGACGGGAUACAUCACGGAGGGACAGAUCUGCGUCGACCGUCAACUCAACAACCGUCUCGUCUAUCCGCCCAUCAACGUGCUCCCAUCACUCUCUCGUUUGAUGAAGUCUGCUAUCGGUGAAGGUUUCACCCGAAAGGACCACGCCGAUGUUUCAAACCAGCUGUACGCUUGCUACGCUAUCGGCAAGGACGUUCAGGCCAUGAAGGCCGUCGUCGGAGAAGAGGCACUCAACGCCGAAGAUAUGCUCUACCUCGAGUUCCUCGCCAAAUUCGAAAAGAACUUCAUCUCGCAAGGCCGCUACGAAAACCGAACCAUCUUCGAGUCGCUCGAUAUCGGAUGGAAUUUGCUCCGCAUCUUCCCCAAGGAGAUGCUCAAGAGAAUUCAGCAUAAAAUCCUCGCGGAGUACUAUCCCCGAGGCGAGAGCAAGACCGCCGCCUCCAGCGCUCCCGACGAGAAACACUAGAGCGCGUAGCGAAACUCAUCUUUACUUCUCGACGAGGGAAACUGAGCAACAUUCAUUGCGCAGGAAUGCAAGCUUGAGGAGGAACGCAUGAACGCAUUGUUAUUUGAUUCCGUAGGCUGAAAACGUUUGUGAUAUGGUCGUCCCAAAAAAACGGCCGAUUCCAUCUUCUCCCCCUCCACCCAUGAUCGAGGUUAUGUGUGGUCAAAUCCGAUCUUGAAUCUGAUUUCCGAAGUAACUGUUUAACACCCGGGAGACCGCCGGCAUCCUCCGGACGAAAUUCCUUUGUUUUCGACUGAAAUCACCCGUAGAACUCAUUCAGAGUCAGAGGAGACUAGGUUGCAUAUCAGAUGGUCGACAGGAGAGUUUCGCGACGCUCAGACGGCCCUGCUGAAAACUCGCUCCAGGGUGACUGAUGCUUUUCGGAGGAGGCUCCGGAGAAACGCCUCUUCGGAGCCUCAAGGUUCCGGUCCAGAGCGUAAGAGCAAUUGAACGGGAAAUGUGAGCGAGAGAAGUGAACGUGACGGAGUUGAUUAUUAUUUUUUCUGUUGAACAAUAUCGAUGAAUUUUCAAAUAUGAUGUCAGAUUCCUCAUGGUGGUAGCUAGAUACACAAUUAGCGCGAAUCGGUCGGGGCUGCUGAAGAAGGCGGACACUUCGAUUCCUGAGUGUCGAACCGGCUCGGUACCGUCCGAUCCGCAUGUAUGGUCUAUCGAUAUUCGAAUACGUGUCUGGUUUAUCGAUGGAUUGAUAAAGGUCCUUGGACGUCGAUUAUAUCACCGAAA